AUGCCCAGCGAACUAGCUCAACACAUGCGUAAUUUACAGGAGAUAAUUGGUCAAUUGAACAUUUACGAAUCUGAUGAUAAAUCGGUACUCACGCGAGAAUACGGUUUUCUGAAAUUCGACGAAGAUCCGAUCGGUUCGAAUACUCGUCUUUCACAAUACAUUCGUAUGGCACUUGAUACCGACGCUGCAACAGUGGUCAAAUUCAUGGAAGAAGGAUGGCAUUUGCCUAAUCCUGAUUUGAUUAUUUCAGUCAUUGGUGGUGGACAACAAUUUCAUAUGUCUCCUCAUCUUCGGCAAGCAUUUCAACAGGGUUUAGUUAUUGCUGCUGCCACUACGAAUGCAUGGGUGAUAACAACUGGAGUCAAUACUGGUGUAGUGAAAGAAGUAGGCGAAGCAAUUAACAAAUACCGGUAUACACAUCAAAAGUAUGGACUCGAUAUAUCUUGCAUUGGCAUUGGCUCGUGGAAAUAUACAGCUGGCUGCGAACAACUUAUUCGUCCAGAAACACCAAAAAUGGCGGAUCUCAGUAAUCCUUUGAAUGCCAUAGCGAAGUCAUCGAGAUAUCACGCGCGAUAUCGAAAUGAAGCUAAUCAGAUGGAUGAACCUGAUGAAUAUUUUAUUCGCUCUUAUGUGACCAAACAACGCGAACAAUACCAGCGUGAUUUAGAGCCAAAUCACACGCAUUUUUUGUUAUUUGACGAUGGAUCUACCUCGACCAAUAAUAUGCUUUCCCAACGAGCAGCUAUGGAAAAGUAUGCACGAUUUAUACAUGUACCAAAUACACCAACAGAUAUUCUCACACCUAUUGUUAUGGUUCUUGUCGAAGGUGGCCCAUUCUCAGUACGAACUAUUUGUCAAGCACUUGAAUCAAGUACUCCGUUGGUGGUCAUUAGAGAAUCUGGUAGAGCAGCUGAUCUUGUAGCUGACUUGUAUGACUACUUUUGUCGACUCGAUGAUCAUGAACAACGAGUUGAAACAGGUUUGAGCAAUAAGCAAAAUGAUCAGACAAUUGAUACUAGAGACGACGAGCUUGAAUCGAUACUCGAAAAAGCUCGAGUAGACAAUAAUCCAUGGGUCGCUGACAUAAAAGAUGACCUGUGCAGAAUAUUACGCAGUCGGAAAAACAUGGUGACUAUUUUUCAAUUCAACAGUGAAAAGCAUCAUGGCAAUUUAGAAGAUUCUAUUCUCGAAGCCUUGUUCAAUGCUGCUAAGUUAUCUGGAAACGAUUCUGAUGAACAAAAAACUCGUGUGGCCGAACUGAAAUUGGCUUCGGCGUGGAAUAAGUUGGACUAUGCACAAAAGCAUGUUCUCACUGCUAACACGAUCACCAAAUGGACGGAAUCCGAUCUUUGUGAGGCUCUACUCGAUGCUGUUCGUCGAGAUCGCGUUGAUUUUGUUGAAUUACUGAUUGAUUAUGGAACUCCAGUCGGAAACUUAACCGGUCAUAAUAUUGAACAACUCUAUGCGAUGGCAGAUCAUGGUUUACCAAUCACAAGUGACUUUGAAGAAGUAUUACCUACACGAAAUGAUUAUUAUGUAAGCUACAUUACAAGUGAAUUUGCGAAUUGUACUGAUCUAACAUUAGAUGGGAGUUUACCAUUGGGGAAAAAUUCAAUUCGUGAACUUUUCCUGUGGGCAGUAUUUCAUGAUCGUUUUGAUCUCGCGAAAUAUCUUUGCUCAAAGACAUGGAAUCAAACAAUGGCUCCUUUAAUUGCUGCAUAUAUUUAUACGUUAGCAGCAACCAUGGCAGUUCAUGCUCAGGCAAAAGAGCAUUAUAUAAAAAUGGCUAGUCAGUUUGACGUAUUUGCAAAGUCGAUUAUUGAUCAAUGUUUUGCUAACGAUGUCUUUUUUGGUGUUAAUAUUUUGAAACAGCCAGCUGUUGCAUUCAGCAAUCUUCAAUUGCUUAGCGUAGCUCAACGUGCCGAAUGUCAAUCGUUUCUUGCAUCAGACUGUGUUCAAAAGUAUCUCGAUCAUAAGUGGUUCGGCAAUAUUAAUUAUAAACGGCAAGCCAUCUAUUUUCGAGUUUUCCUUUGUUCAAUUAUUUUUCCAUUAAUACCAAUAUUCGCUGUCUUUCUACCUUACGUACAUGAACACAGAGAGAUCGUACGAAGUAACAAAAAUCAAUCAAAGUAUAGAAAUCCUGCGAUGGUCCGUACAGUUAUCGUAUCUGAUAAUGAUCCAGUUGGUGGUUCUAUUCCAUGGUCUAAAAGAAUCUCAUACUUCUACCGAGCACCCAUUGUCCGUUUUUAUUACAAUAUCAUAUUUUUCGCUCUCUUCCUGAGUCUCUUUAGCUAUGUUAUUCUUUUUGAUUAUUUUCCACUAAAUAUUUAUGGUGAAAGUCGUUCGAACAUAAAAAAUUUGCCACUGCCAAUCUCAGAAAUUCUUCUGCACAUAUGUUUAUGGAGUUUGAUAGUCGAAGAACUACGUCAAUUUAUACUUAUGGAUGCUUCUGACUAUUUUGCUACAGUAUGGAACUGGAUCGAUCUUACAGCUAUUGUUGUGUAUAUUUUGGGAUUAGUGACACGAUUUAUUGUCCGCGAAGGCUUCUUCGCUAUGUCCAAAAUUCUGUUAUGUCUUGAUCUAAUAAUUUGGUUUCUGGCAACUCUUCGUAUAUUUACUGCUUUCGAGCGACUUGGACCUAAACUAGUGAUGAUUUUGAAUACGAUGCGAGAUCUUCUCUUUUUUCUAUGCUUCAUUAUCAUUUUCUUGUUUGCCUUUUCGGUCACAUCCUGGUCAUUAAUUAAUAGUGUUUCUGAAGUACACUGGGAAUAUAGCCCUAGCGGGAAACUACUCAAUGCUUCUGUAACUAUAACGGGAAAUCACACAUGGUCAUGGAAAUUAUUAAAAGAUAUCACAGAUUAUGGUGUUCGGAAAGUUUUUGCACAAAUCGAUCCGAUUGUGGGCAAUGAUUCAUAUUCGAAUACGGCUUUUAUUUUGACUAUUAUUUUUGUUGCCAUUUCCAAUGUACUCCUUCUCAAUGUACUCAUUGCACUCUUCAAUGUAACUAUUCAGAAUGUUGAAGAAAAAUCUCAUGAUAUAUGGCGCUGUCAACGUUUUGUUAUUGUCGAUGAAUAUAGCACGAAAACACCGUUACCACCUCCGUUCAACAUUGUAUAUUACAUCUUUCUGGCGAUUCGAUGUGCUGUGAAACGCAUACAAUCGCAUCAUCAGCAACGUCGAUCCAGCACUACCGAAACACUUUUAAAUGAUAUAAAGACGAUCGACAAACUAAUUCAAUCGCAAUUUAAAGUUACCGAUGCCAUGCAACGCGAAAGUGCUAUAGCCAGUGACUAUUGGCGUAGUAUAUUGAAAUCUGGCGAGGACGAUCAAACAGAAACCACAAUGCACAAUAUUGAACGAAAACUCGAUAAUAUGAGACUUCGUAUGGAAGCUAGCACUAGUAUUACAUCGGGCAAUCAUCAUGGAAAACAGCAAAUAAAUCGUGAAAGUGAUGUUUAA